AUGUCACAAUACCAAGGUAGCAUUACAUCCUUUUUGAAUACUCCUUCCCCAGAUACACCAUCUCAAGAAGAUUUCAUUCAACCGUCAAGGAAAAAGAUUAAACAUAAGAGGAAAAAAACUAGUUGGAUAUGGGCCCAUUUUAUUGAACUUACUGAUAACAACGAAUCAUUUAUAAUCUGUCAAGUAUUAAAAGAAGAUGGAACAGCAUGUAAUGUAAAGCUUAAAUAUGAUGAAUCAACAGGUAAUGGAACCGGUCAUUUAUGGUCUAUUCAUAAAAUAACUAAAGAUGGAAAACAGUCUGAGGAUAAACAACAAAAACUUAAU